AUGAGUGAAGACACUGAUGGACUGGCAGAGCUGGCAGAGCUGGACUCUGAGCACAAUGUAGAGCUGGCUGACAUGGUGGCCGCCAUGAACGUGGCAUCCAACCGGAUGACCCCUCCCAACGGCCACCGAAGGCCCCCUGCACCAGCGCGCCGGAAGCUGUCAUUGUCAGACAGGAAGCUAUCAUUGCAGGAGCGAUCGACCCAGCCGCGAGAGGCCCGACAGCCCACCAUCGAGUCCAAGCGGGUGUCCAUCUCAGAUUCCCAGGUCAGAGGUCAGGGCUGUGUCCCAAAUGGAGGUCAGGGCUGUGUCCCAAAUGGCACCCUAUUCCUUAUAUAGUGUACUACUUUUGACAAGGGCCCAUAGGGGAAUAGGGUGCCAUUCGGGACGCAGUAUAUGGAGGAUAGGGUGCCAUUUAGGACCCAUCCAUGAAGUCUCAAAAGAAAUAGGCAUGAGUCCUAAAUAAUGUGUAGUCAAUGUGCAAUAUCCCACCACCAAAUACCCUUCACUUUGUCUCACCCUAGGAUUGUAUCCAGCUCAAUCAAUACAAGUUGAAGGAUGAGAUUGGAAAGGCAAGAAAAGUUAGAAUACAAAACGUUAUAUCAAAACUAGAUGCUGAAUUUGUCUGACAAGAGAAACAAUUAUUUCAUAAAGCAUUCUUGCGCAAUAAUUUAAAACGAUUCUGUCAGACUUCCUUCUUUUUCUAUUCUAGGGCUCAUAUGGGGUGGUGAGAUUAGCUUACAAUGAAGAUGAUGAACAAUACUAUGUAAGAAUCUCUUCAGCUCUGCACAUUCCGUUCUUUAUCAUCUCCUUUGUGGGAGCAGAGAAAUGUACAGUUCCUCUACUCUCUGUUUUGGCCUUAUUGACUCUUAUACCAUAGGAGCAAACUGAUCAUAUCUUUCCUUGCAUAGGCAAUGAAAGUUUUUUCCAAAAAGAAGCUGAUGAAGAUGUGUGGAUUUCCUCGUAGGUGAAAUUUUUCCUUUUAUGUCUUUAGUAUGUGCUAUAGUACCGGUAUGAACAUGAACUGGUGAUGAUCACCACUAUAUAUAAUGGCGGUUGGUUAUAGGACGUCCCCCUCCUCGAGGAGCCAGCACAGAACAGGGACUGCCACCCAAACCCCUGGGGCCACUGGAGAGAGUCUACCAAGAGAUCGCCAUCCUGAAGAAACUAGAUCACCUUAACAUUGUCCAUCUGGUGGAGGUGAACACAUUGACAUACAUAAGUGGAAGAUUUAAAAGGUUCUACUAUUACUACUUAUUAAUUUCAGAGAUUUACACUUUCCAAUUGUAGGUUCUUGAUGAUCCUGCUGAAGACAAUCUCCACAUGGGUAAGUAUGCAUUCAUCAUGUCAGUGCACUGAAUGGUGAUAUAAGGUGUUAUGUGGUAAAUGUAUGUUUUCUGCGGUAUCUCCUUGUACUAGGUCCAUAGUUUGUACAUUAUAAUACAGUCUAUCCAGUUUGUUUAUUACAUAAAAACUAAUGUGAGCUCUGACUAGUCAUUUCAUUUUCUGUUUGUUUAUUUUCUAGCCUUUGAGUUAAUGCCAAAAGGGUAAGUUUUACCCCUUUCUGAAAUGUACUGUAUUGCAUUACAUUAAAACACUGGUCCUUUGUAGCUCAGUUGGUAUAGUAUGGCGCUUGUAACGCCAGGGUAGUGGGUUUGAUUCCCGGGACCACCCAUAUCUAAAAUGUAAGCACGCAUGACUGUAAAUCACUUUGAUAAAAGCAUCUGCUAAAUGGCUUAUAUUAUUAUUAUUAUUAUUAUUAUUAUUAUUAUUAUUAUUAUUAUUAUUAUAUUAUUAUACUGUAUAUAACACUGAAAUGAUGAAUUUGGUUAUUUAUAUAUAACUCCACCAGUUAUUGAAUUUGGUGAAUAUAAGGUAUCAAUUCUUAAGGGUAUAUAAGAUACCAAUGACAAGGUUCAGGUAUUGUUAGUGGUAGGAAGACCACUGUUUGGAAGAUUAUGGUGGUGAUGCUUACUUACCUUUGCCACUUUGUUGCUGAUCCUGGGCCCUAGCCCAGUGAUGGAGGUGCCCUCAGACACUCCCUUCACAGAGGAACAAUCCCGCUUCUACUUCAGAGACAUCAUCCUGGGGAUUGAAUACUGUGAGUCCUCCACCUGGAUUACGUCCCAAAUGGCACCCUAUUCCCUAUAUACAGUAGUGCACUACAUUUGACCAUGGCCCAUAGGGCUCAGGUCAAAAGUAGUGCACUACUAUAUAUAGGGAAUAGGGUGCCAUUUGGGACUUAGGGCCUACUAGCCUUCUGCUCAGAGACCUGCAGCAUACUGCUAACCCUGCUCACGCUUUAGCAAAACAUUGUUUUGAAAGUCACUAGUCAGAUAUGUUCUGAAAAGACAGGAUCAGUUGGUGCUUUGACAGCUGAAUAUCAAGACCUAAAUCACUCGGUCUGCUGUUUAUAUACUUAUAAAAGUUGAUCUAAAAAAAAGAGCUAAUCAGUGUCUCCUGUCCUUUUCCCCUGGUCCCAUUCUCUCUUCCUCCCUCUCAGUGCACUACCAGAAGAUCAUCCACAGAGACAUCAAGCCUUCCAACCUGUUGCUGGGAGACAAUGGGCAUGUGAAGAUUGCAGACUUUGGUGUCAGUAACCAGUUUGAGGGGAGUGAUGCUCUCCUGUCCAGCUCAGCAGGGACUCCAGCCUUCAUGGCCCCAGAGAUGAUGACUGACCAUGAACAGAGCUUUACUGGCAAGGUUAGACACUAAUCGCUAAUUUAUCUAAUCAGAUCAUUCAUCUUUGAUUAUAUCCUAGAAAUAAUAUUUACCCCAUGAACAUUUAUUGCAUUGACUGGUAUCAAAAAUACUUAGAAAUUGACCUGGUAUCAAACGUCAACAUUUUAUUGUACUGUAAAAUAUACAGCAAGCUCUCUUUGUAAAGUAAUGGUCAAUGUUCAUGAUUGUUAGGCCUUGGAUGUGUGGGCCAUGGGAGUCACCCUGUACUGCUUUGUCUAUGGGAAGGUAGGUUCUGUUAUUAUCAUAAUGUACAGUAUUCUGCCAUGGAUAAUUUUGGCCCACUGGUUUCUCAUCUGAUUUACUGUGUCCAUUAUACUGAUGACUACAAAUAUUGUUUGCUCUACCGUUGCAUCUCACAUAAUAAUGCUUCUAAAAUCAAUAAAUGUAAUGGUUUAUGUGGGAAACAGACAGCAUGUGUAUGCAUGUAGCCCAUCUUUUUAUAGCAGCAUUUUCAUGUUUUUUCUUCACUACCUUCCUAUCUCAGUGCCCUUUCAUCGAUGAAUACAUCAUCGGCCUGCACAAUAAGAUCAGGAAUAGUCCUGUGGAGUUCCCAGACACGUGAGUUCCACUAAGGGACACUAUUUACCAUGUAAAAGCAAUUUAGUCUGCACUCUAUGCACCACUCUAAAAUAUGGGUAGAACGUCACAUUAUAGCAUGUAAUCACUUGAUAAUACCAUAGUAAUAGUAUUGUUUUAACGUUCCUAGCCAUUCCCUGCUACUGUAGUUACUGUACUGUAGAUGGUUCUAUUCUAUUUGGUGGGUGGUCAUAUCAGUCCCUCUUUGGUACCACAGGCCUGAAGUAUUCGAGGAGUUGAAGGAGCUUAUUAUAAGGAUGCUGGAUAAAAAUCCUGAUACAAGGAUCACCAUUCCUGAAAUCAAGGUGAAAGGGGGCAGAGCUAGACCUUCAAUGGUGCCUUUAAAAAACAAAUCCUUCAUGAAACCAUCUUUGACACUUCAAAUUAAUUUUGUUACUGUCCUGGUAGAGCUGUCUCAUGUGUGUUGUGGGACUACUGUCCUCCUCCUGCUGUGUGUUGCCAGGAGCACCCGUGGGUGACGGAGGAUGGCACUGACCUUCUACCCCUGGAGGAGGAACACUGCACUGUGGUGGAGGUCACUGAGGAGGAGGUCCAGAACUCCAUCAAACUCAUCCCCAGUCUGUCUGCUGUGGUGAGUCAAUUCACUGGCGUCCUGUCCAGGGAACGUACAGCUCUUGUUCUGGCUUGGACAAGGCUUACUUACUAACAAAUAGGGUCAGGAGGUUCUGUGUCUUAACAAGGGAAAAAGUCUGGGACCUAUACCAGGAAAUACUUGAGGGCCCAGAGUUUUUCCAGGUCGAGACACAUGGUCAGGGAAAAAUGUUGUCAUAAGGCAUAUUGCUAGAGUGAAUAUGUGUCCCAAAUGGUACCCUAUUCCCAAUAUAGUGCACUACUUUUGACCAGGGCCUAUAGGGCUCUGGUCAAAAGUAGUGCACUAUAGAUAAUAGGUUGUCAUUUGAGAUGCACCCUGUGACACUCACUCUCCCCACGUUAGAUCCUGGUGAAGUCCAUGCUGAGGAAGAGGUCUUUUAGUAACCCCUUUGAGUGUCACAACAGGAAGGCAGAGAGGUCCAUGUCUGCUCCAGGAGGUCUCCUUGCGUAAGUCCCCUACAAAUCCUCCUUAUCUGCUUUCUUUAUCUGCCAAUUUUGGGAUUAGGAAACAAACAAAACAAAACAAAGUGACAGAAAUACAGAGUCGGUUAGCUAUAUAUGCUACUGUAAAUGGGAUUAACACAAAAGAAGCGUACAUAUAUUGGGACAGUGACACAUUUUCUGAUGUUUUGGCUCUAUGCUCCAGCAUUUUGGAUUUGAAAUGAUACAAUGACUAUGAGGUUAAAGUGCAGACUGUCAGCUUUAAUUUGAGGGUAUUUUCAUCCAUAUUGGGUGAACCGUUAUUGAGCCUACUAUUCCUAAUGUGAUGGGUAGUGCCUACAGCAGACCUAGGCUAUAGGCUAUAUCAGAUACAUUUCUUCUCCUUUCUUUGCACGGGAAAAAUGUGGCUUUUUAGAAACACAUUUCAUGCAAUUCUACACUUCAAAUGACUGGAGAUAUUAGCAGAAUCUUGUCCGCUGACACUGACAAACAGAUCAAUAAAAACGACGUUGAUCCAUCUAAUAUGCCUAUGAGAAGGGGAGACAAAUACAAUAUGACGUCCAUCUAUCCUGGAGGAGGAAAUUAUUGUCUUUCAAGUGGCACUGACCCAACAAUGAUAAAGAGUGAAUAUGCGCACUCACCGUUGACAUGGCCAAUGCUCUCCAGUGGCACCACUAAGAUAGGCUACACUGUUUGCUCAAUUAAGAUGAGAAUUUUGAUAACUAAAAGACAGAGUAUUUUCAUUGUCUUCUCUUUACAGCAAUAGCCAUUUGCUUUCCAAACUGUUUUCCUGCUAUUGUAUUUUGAAAUAUUGCGAUAUACCUGGAUGGGCCCUACUUUUCAUUGACAGUUGCAACUCAACAAUCAUAUAAUUUGGUAUUUGCCGCACGCGCUGCCCAAAUUGCGACUGUAGGCAUUGUGAUUUAAAACAAUUUUUAAUAAAAAAUAAAAAAGAAGCUAAUGAUCCUCUGUGGCCAAAUCAUGCUUUCUGGUGUAGUAGCCUAUUUUUAAUGAUUUCAUUUAUUUCUGUAUAGACAGGAGUAGGCUUAUUAGGCUAUAUAACUUUGGCAAUUCAAUUUACUUUAGUGGAAGCUGGACGCGCCAUCUAUGGUUAGACAACUAACUUGAUUGAUAGCCUGAAAUGGCUUCUUGGUAGCUAGUCAUGAGGUUGGGAGAUUGGGAACCUAUCUGGGUUAGCUAACGCCAACUUUGUAAGGUGGCUAGUAGUAUUACAGAGAAACAACAAAACAUUAAAAAAAAUAAUAUAAGGGAUUAUUAUUUUUAAACAGGACAAAUCUGAGGGGGCAUGUGCCCUUGUGCCCCCUAUGGGCAGGACAACUCUGACGCCACACACAACUGUCUUCUUCUCACACACUUACAGUUCAGCUCAGUCAACUACAUCAGGGCACACAACAGCUUUGAUGACAUUGCUAAGUGGUUUAUUAGACUGUGCCUUAACUAAAUAUGCUAAUAUUAAUUAGUCCAUCAUAAAUGUUCAGAUUUUUUGUCUACAGUAUCUAUCUCCAUCAUGUAA